UAAUAUAUAUGUAAAGAAGUUCAUUUGACUUAAGUCUAAUUUAAAUGCAAGCAAGUUCCAAAGACAUGAUUAAAGCCAACUGCAAAGAGGAUUUGCUGCAUCAGCCGGAUUACAAAUGCUGCUCGAGUCCAUAAUAAGAAAGACCCUACAACAAGAGAGAGAGAGAGAGAGAGGAAGUGGAAUAAAGCAGCUGCUCAGGGCGAAAAAUCGAUACGUGAAACAGCAAAAGUAGAAGAAGAAGAAGCAGCAGCUGCAGAAGCAGAAGUCGCAGUCGCAGUCGCAGCUGUCGCGGCAGCAGUCGCAACAGCAACGUCGACGUCAACGGUGUAAAACGCUUAUUAAAUGACUGCUAAAAAUAGCACUAAACAACCACAACAACAAUAACAACAACUAGAACAGCAGCAAUAAUUAGAUAAAGCGCAACUGAGCGAAAUUAAACGAAAGUAAAGCAUAAAGCGCAAUAAUGGUGGAUGCAAAGCCGCCGCCCGCGCGAACAACGACGCCUGGUACGCCGCCGGCUGCGUUUGCCGGCGAGAGAUCGAAAAUCAAACUGUUCAUGGAACGAACGCCGAGUAUCGGUGCGCUCAAGUCCAAAUUUCUGACAGUGUUGGGCAACAGCAAUGAACUGCUCAAUGGCAUAUCAAACAAGUUGACGAUGAGCAGCAGCAGUAGCGAUUCGGAUUAUUGCGAUGACGACGAUGAGGACUUGCCGAAGUAUGAUGAGACAAUUGACUACACGAAGAUCGAUUUUGAGGCGCGUCGCGUGAAAGCUCGUCGUGCACACGAAGAGAUCAUCUCGGGUCGCUACAGGCAGCCCAAUUUGGCGCCGCGUCCACGCUUGGAGCAUGCGCGCAGUCGCCAUGCGAACAAACUGCGCUCCAGUUCGCCUUCAUCUUCGAGCAGCGGCGGUGGCGGCAGCAGCAGCGAUGACAGCAGUUCGCUUUCGCUGCCCGAGCCGACGCCGGCUCGAUCGCAUGACGUCAGCAGCACGACGCACUCGAAUUCGCUGGAAUUCGAGUCGAGGCACUCGGGCGGCUACGAGCGGCAUCGGGCCAUCGCGGGAGCCCGACGCAGCGAUCUGGACAUGCAGAAGGAUGUGCAGCGCAUUGGGGAGCUGCUCGAGGCGACGGCGAUGCCGCCACAAAUCGAUGUGCAACCACCCACAGAGACGGGUGCCGUGCCACCCGCCCGCCAGCCGUGGGGCAACUCGAUACGUGUUGCGGCAAGGAGUCGCGCCUCGAACAGCAGCACGCUGACCAGCCUGCGGGACGAGCUGCCCGAUCAGCUGCAGGCCAGUCCCAGCAUGGAGUCGAGUGAUUGGCGCCAUUUCAUACGCUCCGAGUCACAGAACUCGGUUCCCUCGUGGGCAUCCUCGAUUAGCUUGGAUUGUCGCGCCGGCGAGGAACCCGUCAAGGAGUUCAUGAAACAUUUCACACAGCUUCUCUUCAACAAUUCAUCGGCUCUCAAUCUGGAGCUCAAGUCAGAGUUUGGCGUCCUGCUCCGCUUGGAGAUUGGGCGACUCUGGUUCACCAGGUUUCUCAGCGAGCAGCGCAACAAGUCGAAGCGUCUCGAAACCUUAACCUUCAAUGCUUUAGUCCAAUACUUUGCCCUGGCCCUCUUCGAGUGUGGCGAGUGCGAGGACUAUGCUCCAGCGGCGAUCCUCAUGAAUCUCUGCUUCUUGUUCUAUCAUGAAGUUGAAGUUCCUGGCUGCGAUGCGUAUCGCGAGUAUCUGUUUAUAUUGUUGCGCCAACAGCCGUUGUGGCAGCAGCCGCGCUUCUGGAACGCCAUCUUCGUCGACUCCAUGCAGGCGGAGCGGGAGCAUCGGCUUAGUUCGCUGCUGCGACGCCAGCAGCGACGGCAGGCGAAGCAGCAGCAGCGCCUUGACGCAGCAGCAGCAACAGCAGCAGGGGCAGGAGCAGAGGCAGCAACUGCUGUCGCUCGCAAACAUGGCAUUGAUUCAUCCUCCAGCUCCUCGCAUCAUGCAGGCGCUGCAGCUGCAACUGUAGCGGCAACCACACCGUUGACGACGACGGCGACACCGGCAACAAAUAAACGCAAGACGAGCAAAUGCAGUUUGGGGCAGGCACAGCCGCAAUCGGCCAAGGAACAGGAGGAUAUUGCAUUUCGGCAAUUGGGUGCAUUCACGUGCAACAUGCACUCCCUGGGCACCAGCCAAGCAGUGUGCCUCGAAUUUCUAAAGAAACAUGUUGUGGCCCUCAAUCUCUCCAAGGACAAAGCCAAGCUGGUCAGGGACAAUAUUUAUCGUAUGUAUCAUGAGACGGAACUGUGGGGCGCUCGGCAGACUUAAAGUGUGUGUGUGUGUUGUGCGUGUGUUGUUGUGUUGUCCGUGUGUGUGUGUGCCUUGUGCGAUGACUUGUCUAACAUAGCAAUGCCUAAGAUGGUUUAAAUGCCCCUCUCCCCCCAGCACUAAUAGUUUAACUAUCUAAAUAUUUCAAAUUUCGUCUCAACUAAAUUUAACUUUUUGACUUUAACAGAGCACUAAAAACAUUAAUGUUUAAACUAAUCUUGAUGUAAUAUUGUACUCGUAUGUAGUUCGAAUUUUUACUCGCAUUGUUGACUAAAUUGAAACCGAAGGUAAAUACAAUAUAUUUACAUAAAUCAUACGAUGUGUGUAUGUAUAUUUA